AUGGAAAAAAUAGUGGUAGUUAUUAUCGGUGCUGGCCCUGCUGGUCUAGCUACCUCUGCAUGCCUCAACCAUUUCUCUAUCCCCAACAUUGUCCUAGAAAGAGAGGAUUGUUGCGGUUCUCUCUGGAAGAAAAGGUCAUAUGAUCGCAUGAGUUUGCACAUCGCAAAGCAAUUUUGCGAGCUUCCUCAUAUGCCAUUUCCUUCUAAUGCACCCACAUUUAUGCCUAGGAUUGACUUCAUUAAUUACUUGGACAAUUACGCAUCCCAGAUUGGGAUCAACCCUCGAUUCCACAGGUCUGUGGAAUCUGCAAGCUACGAUCAAAAUGCGAAAUCAUGGAUCAUUGAGGUGAAGAACACAGCUUUAGAUAAAUUUGAAUUUUAUGCUGCCCAAUUUCUAGUUGUUGCCACAGGUGAAAAUAACGAAGGGCUGAUUCCCGAGCUGCCUGGGCUCGAUAGCUUUCGAGGAGAGUACAUACACUCUAGCCAAUACAAGAACGGCAACACGUUCAGUGGCAAAGAUGUUUUGGUUGUUGGUUGUGGGAACUCAGGCUUGGAGAUUGCUUAUGAUCUUUCAAAUUCGGGUGCCCAAACUACCAUUGUUUCUCAUCGUCCGGUACAUAUUCUCACCAAAGAAAUUGUUCUUUUGGGAAUGCUCUUACUCAAGAUUCUCCCAUGCAAAUUAGUGGACUACAUCGUUAUGUUACUUAGUAAACAAAAGUUGGGAGAUAUCUCUCAUUACGGGCUUAAAAGACAGACUAUGGGACCGUUUUAUCUCAAACAAACUACGGGUCAAUCACCUACGAUUGAUGUUGGUGCCAUAGGCAAGAUUAAAACAGGAGAAAUCAAGGUUUUCCCCUCUGUGAUGAGGAUAAACGGGAAAGAAAUAAACUUUGAAAAUGGCAAGACAAAACAAUUCGACGCUAUUAUCUUUGCUACUGGCUACAGAAGUACAGUAAGGAACUGGCUACAGGAGGGCGAGGACCUUUUUAAUGAUUCUGGUAUGCCGAAAAGAAGUAGCCCUAGUCACUGGAAAGGAGAAAAUGGUUUGUAUUGUGCUGGAUUCGCCAGAAAUGGAUUACUAGGGAUUUCAGUUGACGCCCAGAAUAUAGCAAAGGACAUCAAGUUGGCUCUAAGUCAGAGUUAA